AUGGAUGCUAGUCACAUCUUUGAUGAUAUUCGCGAACAUUUCGCAUCUCAGCCGUACUUUGCGGAGUUGCAACACGAACUGCACGUGUUGAGUCGCCGAGUGGAGGAUUCGUUCAUUUCAGCGCCGCGACUCCCCGCGCCUGUUGUGCGGCCUGCCGUACUGGAGGCCAUUUGUCGAAGUAAAAACAACAAUAACAAUAACAACAACAAACUUAACGGCAACAAUCAUCACACAAAUAAUAAUGAUGGAUUGAGAGGUGAAAGUCAAAUGGUGUAUUUUAAUGCCGAUAAAAAUCACCAUAAUGAUGUUCAAAUGAAACUUUAUAAUCUUGAAGCUGGUGGUGUGCAAACACCGCAACACAUUGUGAGAGAGAGUUGUUUAGAUACAUUUUCACUUUCAAACCGUCAAGAUGAGAAUCACCAUACGGACUACGGAAGAGGGAUAGUGAUAAGACCUGAAGAGGCACAUCAAGAAGAGAAGGAUGUUUUUAAACCUCUUAGAGAAUUGGAUGAGGCGAGUAUUCUACAGCGUGUGCGUCAGGCUCUACGCAUCUACACUCACCGUGAAGAAUUGAGUGAGGGGGAUAUAAACAAUAAGGAGAAUAAUACAAAGGAGAGAGUAAAAUUAGAACGUGAGGAAGGAGGAAUACUAGAAACUACAAAUAUUCCUUCUUCACACGUCACUUCUUCUUCUUCUGAUCCUGAACGUGAACUGCAUUGGACACCAGAAGUAUCUGCACAGGCAUUACCGGAAGCCACUCGAUCUGUGCUCGCAGAAUUGGAUGAAUUAGAGAGAACUCACCAUGAUGUGGUGGCCACUAUGUUAAUGAAGACACCGUUGCGGUUAAAACAGGAAAAGGAACAGACAGUAAAUGGAAAUAAUAAUAAUAAUAAUAAUAAUAAUAAUAAUAAUAUAGAGGAUGAGAUGCCAAACUCUGCAAAUGAAGUGUAUCCUAUGAAAUACAAGGAUAAAUUAAAUGAAGCACGAAGGCCUGUCCAAAACGUGGGAUCUGUGGAAACUAAUUCAGCUGGUAAUGCUGGUAAUAAUAAUAAUGAUGCUUUUCCUUUUGGGAGAAAUAGAAUAUCUGCACUUCGGAAAGAAAGUCUCCGACUACUUCAUGAUACUAUGAAUGGUGUAGAAAUAAAUAGGGAAAAACUCAUUCCCAAAAAUCUGCGGCAGUGGGAUGCGGCAAAUGCUCCUCAGUUCGGGAAAGAUGCCGUUUCAAUUCUUAAACCUCUGCACAUGAACACACUAGAGACAUAUGAUGCUAGACGUAAGUGGUCUAAUGUAUCCUUUCUGUAA